ACCCCCUAUCUGGCCCACUGUAAAAUGAAAGUAGUCUACAGCACACCACUCUCAGUCUCACAGAGGACUGCAUGCAGGAAAAGACAUGAUCGUGUCAAGACUUCGACCAAGAUCCGUCGUUCCCCCAAAGCCUUCUAACCUCAAAUCCUUGGGGCCAAACAUCCCAAACCACUUCCAGACCAGAAACCAGAACAGACCAAACCCGAACCAGAACCAACCCCCAUCAGGGGAGAGGAGCCAGGAGAGGAAACAACAUCAACUACCGGAGGGGAAGGUGAAGAGGAUUGUGCGUAAGUUCAGCAGCCAGGAGAAUGAGGUGAUGGGGCAGGCAGGACUAGAGACAAGAACAGGGGUAGAGGCAGGGGCAGAGACAGUGACUGGGGCCAAGCAGGGAGACGGUGGGGUGGUGGGGUGGACAAGGACAAGGACAGAGGCAGGACAGCAGGCAGACAGUAACAGAGGACAGACAAGGGCCCAGCAGGCCGACUAUGAUGCUAUAAUAAUGAGCCCUGUGGAACUCAGCCUCAUACCACCUCCAAUACCAUUGAGAAAGCCACGUUCUGGCCCUCACACACAACCUACAGCACAACCCACAGCACAGAGUGAUGCCGUGCCCCUGGGGCAGAAGACAGACAACCAUCUGGGCACCCUUCUCACACCUGGACAUGGACGAGGAAACAGAUCAGCUCCCGAUGGAAGUGAGGUGGAUGAAGCGCCUGUGUGUGUUACCAUUGAAAGCAGACAAACCACAGGCUCGGCAGCCACCCCUAGUGGUCACCAUGGCAACAUGACACAGUGCCAGUGCAUCUGUCACCUGAGGAGAACUGGCAUGAAGUUAGUCUGGGUUCCUCUGGAGGAAGAGGAAGAUAACUAUGUAGAGGUGAUAGGGGAUGAAGAAAAAGACAAACGAGGGAAUGAGCACCAGAAGAGAGAGAGGAAGGAGGUGAAUGAAGAGAUGUUGGGAUCUUUCAGAGCAGAUGAGCGAGGGGGGAAAAGUCAGACAGGGUGCCAGACAGAGACAGCUGCUGUGUUCAGUGAGCACAGAGAGGUCAGAGUUCACGAGGUCAGCGAGAAUAACAGCCAGAGAUCCUUCCCUUCAAAACAUAACACAUCAUCCAACGCAGAAUCUUCCCUGGCCCUGAUGAUCUGCUCACAGCACAGCUCAUAUCAGCAUAGCACACAACAGCACAGCUCAAACACCAAGCACAGCUCACACCAGCACAGCUCACACACCAGACCCCCUCAAAACAAAACUGAGACAUAUGAUAAGGUUACAUAUGAGGUCAUGCCCAUGUCUGACAGAGAAGAACCACAUCCACCCCCACUCCCACGCCUAAUGAAACCUCCACUGAUGCACAAGACGCAGCAUCCUUCUCCUCCGAAGGAUAAUCUCCAGAGCAUGUCCACGUUCUCUCUCUCUGGCCUACUAACCUCAAUUUCAAAGUCAGACAUCCAGAAGAGUACCCCUUCCCCUCAGACUCCUCCCUCCAUCUCCCAUGGCAACCCCCAUCAGCCAAUCCUGCGACCUCUGCCUCCACUUCCUGUUUUACAUGAUCUCUGCCUUCUCCCCUGCCCCAUCAUGCCCCGCCCUCCUCAACUCAGACCUCAGAUUCCAAUGAAACCUCUUCCACCUAACCCUGAGCCCAGUGGACCUAGCUGUCUCAGCCGACACUCAUCCACAGAUGCUGAUGUUAGGGAUGACUGGGUGACGGUAGACGGGGAGAACGUAGAGGAGCCACAGGAAAAGGCAGAUAGUCCCAGGAGGAUCUCCUCAGACUGGGGACCUUUGAGGCUGGACGAACCUCUGUACCAGAUCUACCAGGCUAAGUCCAUCAAGGAGGCGAUCCAGCUCCAGAGCAUCAGCCGGAGUGCCAGCAGGGCCACCGUGGACCUCCAUAUGAGGCUCAGGCGCGGUGGGUCCUUAGGGGCCCCUAAGGGCCAGUCCUUCAGGGCCAGGAAUGGCCCCGCAGAGGUCACACUGUGGCAGGAGCUACCGGUGGUCAGAGACAGUGGGAUCCUGGAGAGACUCAGUCCAGAGGAGCUGCAGAGACAGGAGAGCAUGUUUGAAGUAUUGACAUCGGAAGCCUCGUACCUCCACUCACUGAACGUUCUCACUGAUCACUUCCUGAUGUGUCGGGACCUUGAUGACACACUGGUGAUCCAUGACAAGAAGACCCUCUUCUCCAACAUACUCCAUGUGUAUGAGGUUAGCCAGAGGUUCUUGAAGGAUCUUCUGAGUAGGAUCGAUGAGAACAUUCUGAUAACUGAUGUGUGUGACAUCAUCCACCAAUACGCCCUGUACGACUUCUCAGUCUACAUUGAUUACAUCCGUAACCAGGGUUACCAGGAGAGGGCCUACAGCUCCCUCAUGCAGACCAACAACCCAUUUGCGUUGGUGAUGCGGAGGCUGGAGGAGUCUCCUCUAUGUCGUCGUCUUCCCUUCUCCUCCUUUCUGCUCCUUCCUUUCCAGAGGAUCACACGCAUCAAGAUCCUUGUACAGAACAUCCUGAAGAGGACUGAAGAGGGCACUAGGGAGGAGAACACUGCCUCUAGAGCCCUGACCUCAGUGUCUGAGAUCAUCAAGGAGUCCAACACACAGGUGGGCCAGAUGAAGCAGAUGGAGGAACUCAUACAAGUCAAUAACACAUUGGAGUUCAACAAACUCAAGGCUGUUCCCAUUGUCUCAAAGGCUCGCUUCCUGGAGAAGAGAGGAGAGCUAUAUGAGCUAUCCAAAGGGGCCUCCCUCUUCAGUUCUCGUCUCAAACUCACCCCCAUCUACCUCUUCCUCUUCAAUGACCUACUCAUCAUCACAUGCAAAAAGAGCUCAGAGCGCUAUAUGGUGACAGACCACACUCACCGCUCCCUGGUGCAGGUCCAGCCCGCGGGGUUUGGGGCUGGAGCGGAGGACCCAGGGCCCAAGUUGGAGCACUCCUUCUGUCUGCUACUGCUGGAGAACCACCGAGGCAUGGCCUGCGAACACCUGCUGAAGGCCCCCUCAGAGUCAGAUAUGCACAGGUGGAUGGCAGCAUUCCCUUCCCUGAAUGACCCAAACAGAAAGGAAGAGGUGGUUUAUGAGGACUGGGAUUGCCCCCAGGUGCAGUGUGUGGAACAAUACGUUGCCCAGCAGGCUGAUGAGCUCACCAUGGAGCCUGCUGACAUUAUCAACGUGCUAUGCAAGACCCAUGAGGGUUGGAAUAAGGGGAUGCGUCUGUCUGACGGAGAGAAGGGUUGGUUCCCUAGCAAAAGCGUGGUGGAGAUAACCAACGAGCAUCGGAGGAGACGGAACCUUCGGGAGCAGUACCGCAUCGCUCAAGCUGCAGCUAAAGUCACAAAGAACUGACUACCUGCAUAUUUGUAUGUGUGUCCCAAAUCACACACUAUUCCCCAUAUAGUGCACUAGUUUGGAGAAAUGUCCAAUGGGUCCUGGUCAAAAGUAGCGCACUAUUAAAAAAAAAGGUAUCACAGUGCUAAUUGGGACAAAGCCUAUGUCAAACCAA